CCGCUGUUUCACGUGACCCGCUGCGACCAAUGGGAGAGCGUUCGGCGAAAGGAUCACGUUGACUUCGCCCAUUCGAAAGGAAAAUUCGCAUGGCAAGUGAGUUUCUUAUACCUAUUAGAUUUUCGGCGAUUUGUGCGGGUUUUGAGUUUUUGAGCGAGUACCUAUUGGGUAUUAUUGAGUGGUUUUAUUAAAAAAUAUUGGUUGCAGUACUUUCUUAUAGUUUGCCGGCCUUCAUUUUUAGACUGAUACUUGUUGAUUUGAAGGUAAACCACCAUGACGAGCGCUUUAGGGCGUCAUCUCCAGUUCUGCGUGAGCACCGUGCGGUAGAUGAGUGGGGUGGCGGGGAGCGGUUGUCGGACAGCCAAAGGGGGUCAGCAGCAGCAGGACAAGCACAUGGUACAUUGGUUCAGGAAGGGGCUCCGCCUGCACGACAACCCCUCUCUACGGGAAGGCCUUAGGGGCGCAAAGACUUUUAGGUGCGUGUUUGUGCUCGACCCUUGGUUCGCCGGCUCCUCCAACGUGGGGAUCAACAAGUGGAGGUUUCUCCUGCAAUGUUUGGAGGACUUGGACCGCAGUCUAAGAAAACUAAACUCCCGCCUCUUUGUAAUCCGCGGUCAGCCCGCCGACGCGCUUCCGAAACUCUUCAAGGAAUGGGGCACCACCUCCUUGACCUUCGAAGAGGACCCGGAGCCCUUCGGUCGGGUCCGCGACCACAACAUAACCACACUCUGCCAGGAGCUGGGCAUCACCGUCGUGCAGAGGGUGUCCCACACCCUCUACCACCUGCAGCACAUCAGCGACAAGAACGGCGGCAAGGCGCCCCUCACUUACCACCAGUUCUUGGCGGUCAUAGCCUGCGUGGACGCGCCGCCCAAACCGGAACUUCCGGUGACGGCUUCCUCGUUGAGCGGCGCGCACACGCCGCUCUCCGAGGAUCACGACGAAAGAUACGGGGUGCCAACUUUGGAGGAGUUGGGUUUCGACACCGACGGUUUGAACCCACCAGUAUGGCAAGGUGGCGAAAGUGAGGCGCUGGCGCGAUUGGAGCGCCAUCUGGAGCGCAAAGCGUGGGUGGCAAGUUUCGGCAGGCCGAAAAUGACGCCGCAAUCCCUUCUACCGUCUCAGACCGGUUUGUCGCCGUACCUGAGGUUCGGGUGCCUUUCGACGAGACUGUUCUACUAUCAACUGACUGAUUUGUACAAGAAAAUCAAGAAGGCCUAUCCGCCGCUAUCGCUGCACGGCCAACUACUGUGGAGGGAGUUUUUCUACUGCGCCGCCACGAAAAACCCAAACUUCGACAAAAUGCUGGGCAAUCCUAUUUGCGUCCAGAUCCCCUGGGAUAAGAAUGCCGAAGCGCUGGCCAAAUGGGCUAAUGGUCAAACGGGAUUUCCCUGGAUUGACGCCAUAAUGGCACAAUUAAGACAAGAGGGUUGGAUCCACCAUCUUGCCAGGCACGCCGUUGCUUGUUUUUUGACACGUGGCGACCUCUGGCUCUCUUGGGAAGAAGGAAUGAAAGUUUUUGAAGAACUACUUCUGGACGCCGAUUGGUCAGUAAACGCCGGUAUGUGGAUGUGGCUAUCAUGUUCAAGUUUUUUUCAGCAAUUUUUCCAUUGUUAUUGCCCUAUUAAGUUUGGCAGAAAGGCAGAUCCUAAUGGAGACUACAUAAGAAAGUAUCUUCCAAUCCUGAAAAACGUGCCAAUUCAAUACAUCCACGAACCAUGGACGGCCCCGGAGAACGUCCAGAGAGCCGCCAAAUGCGUAAUAGGAAGAGAUUACCCAAUGCCCAUGGUGAACCACUCUUCUGCCAGCCGCGUGAACAUCCAGAGAAUGAAACAGGUCUACCAACAAUUGGCCAACUAUAGAAACGUCAAUUGUAGCAGUGGACAAGGACACUUUAAGGAGGGCUACCAAGAUCAACUUGCCAUGGCUAACGUAAGUUGUCAUUGUUUUUCUAUUUUGUCUUUAGUUUUUUUAUAAUUUACCAUAGUUGGCGAUACUGACACAAUUUUUCGUCAUUUGUUUGCAGCUCUAUGAUAUUGAGGACGCUAAAUAUUUAAAGUCAACUCAACAAGCAGAUCACUUUGAAGAUAAUUUUAAUAUGAUUUGAUUAAUGACACAAACAACAUUUUAAAAUUUAUUGUUUCAUUGUUGUUUUUAAAUUUUGCUUAUUUGCGAUAUUUUUAUUUUCCUUUUCCAGGAGUUGAUGUUAACCAUACAUGGAAAUCAAUGGAUUUAAAGUAGACUUAACAAAAAUCUGUAAUUCAUACUUAUGUUUUAAUAAGUUUUAACCAACAUCUUGCAGAAUAUCUAGGAUACCAAAAUUUUAAUUUAGCCUGAUUUUUAUACAAAUAUUGUAACAAAUGCAUAUUAGAUUCUAUUUUAAACAACAAAGGAUUUUUAUUUUUGCUAUUGAGUGCAUUUAAACAAUUGGUUUGUGUUAAAGAA